CAUCCCAAGUACUUCCGGCCUCCCGCCCUGGACGCUGCCACCGGAGCGUGCGGUGGUAAGUCCGCGCCAAAGGUCCUGUGAAAGCAGUCUUUGGGCUGGCGACGCGGUCCAGAGCUCUUAUUACUCGGGCCACCCACCCGGUCAUUACACGGCAACCAUUUUUCCUUCUCGAACGCCUGAGGCGCUGGCCUGGGGAUGACGUCACAUCCGGGGCAUGUGAGGGCAGGCAAAGCCCGGAAAUAGCUCCUGCCCCACCUGGUGGCGGGAAGGGGUCAGGACCUAUAUUGUCGGUAUUUUCGGGUUUUGCACCGGAGGGCCCGGGGUUUUAGGAAAGGCGGUAUCGAAUGGAUUUGCUGGAUUUAGCACAUAAAAAUACAGGACGUCUAGUUAAAUUUCAGGUAAACGAGGAUUAUUUUUAGUGUAAGUAUAUAGCCUGUACAAUAUUUGGGACAUAUCUUUACAAAAAAGUAUGAGUAUGUUUCAUACACUAUUUGGAAUACACCUAUAAAAUUAUGUUGUUUAUCUGAAAUGCAAAUUUAAUUGGACGCCCUCUAUCUUUCUUAUCUGGCAACCUUAGCCUUGAGCGUCCCCCUGCCCUGGACUCCUGUUUCCAGUAGUGAACCCGUUUCUAGAGCUUUGUACCUGUGAGAAAUAGGUAUAAAAUGUCAAAAUCAGCUAUUGCUAGAUGUUCCCAAUCUAAUGGGCCAGCCCCAGGGCCCCUUGGCAAAAGCUGGGACCAGUUUCAUGGUGGCACCUUCUGUGUUCCCUUUCACAACUGGAGUGAAGCAGGGUUAGCUUUCUCAUGGGAAAACAGAACCAUGCAGUCUGAGUGGCUGAGGGCUAGUAUUUGCUAGGUUUUUGAGUGUGGGCGAUACUGGUUUUUGGGUCCAGAUGUUCUGUGUUAACUGUGGAAAACUUAAGAGAGCCCAAGGAUGCCAAAGGGAGAGUGUUUAUCAUAGUUUCACCCCACCCCACCUUUUGCACAUGAAACCCAGGGAGAAAAAGGCAGCCCUCCCAGCCCCUCAGAAAACCUGUGGUUAUUGCUAGAACCUGAUCCUCAGCCGCCUUCCUUUGUUCUGUCCACACCUGCUGCUGUAGUCAGCCUGUGGCACUUAUUAUGGUGGGUGUUCACUAAAGUAGAUGCCUUUCAUGAAAUGAGCUUUUUGGAAUUUUGCUGUCCCUAAACUCUUAUAUUGCCUCCUGGCCUUCUUUAACCUUUACCCUUCCCAGGGGAGGAAUGAUUAUUUAGGUUUAGCUGUGAGAGGUUACCCUUUGCCUGCUCCAGCCACUUAAAUUUCCCAGAGGUGGUGUGACCAAAGCUUUGUUAUGUUGGAACCAAAAUCUGGCCAGAGGUGGGUCUGGCCAGCCAUGUGGGUAGGAGGGCAUCAUCCUUUCCUGUAGCUUGGGCCUGUGCUGUGGGGCCUCCUGUGGUAUCUAGGGACUUCUUCAAGGUUUCACCGUGAGCCAGACAUUUGAACCUGACUCCCUUGCAGGUCUGGAUUGCUGAGAUUCCUUAGGCUGUAUACCCUGAAUGUACUCUGGGCCUACCUGUCAGUGUCCUGGUAAACCUGUAGCCUCCCCACACAGACCUAGCCUUCUCAAGCUUCCCAGCCUAGACUCAUGAGCUAAUGCAGUAGAGCAGGCUGGAGGUCAGCAGGCUCAGGGUCAAGUGGUGGGACAGCCAGCAGUCUCCUGGCAAGAGAAGUGGUAAAUAGGCAAGGAAGGAGUGCCAGAAAGAGGUGUUACCCAUUGGUGAGGGCUUGAAAGUGCAGGGGGGUGGGGAAGGGGGAGGCCAGAACUCCACUGAUUGGAGUAGCUUCCUCUGUGAAUAAUUAACUCUCAGUUAGAGGAGGUGACCUAGGAGGAAGGCUCAGCCAACAGGACCUUUGGACUCAGGGCAGAGUGUCCAGAGGGCCUAUGUGUAGGCUGCAGAAGAGGAGGACAUGGCUGGGUGGCAGGGCUGGGGUCCAAGGACUGGAGUGAGAUCAGGCAACUGUGGACCUCAGGAAGUCUCCUCGGACUGACAAGUGGCCUGUGCUUGCAGCAGCAGCUGUGGGGUCCACUGGCCCUGAGCCCUCAGAGGGUGGCUGUGGUGGGCCGCCUAUCUCUGGCCUUGCAGCAGCAUCACUAGUGCUUUCCUUCCCCCUAGGCAGGCAUGGAUGCCAGGUGGUGCUGAGAUCAGUGGGGCAUGGCUGCAGCCCUGCAGGUCCUGCCCUGUUUGGCCCGAGCCUUCUUGCGCCAGCGGUUCUGGGGGAGUCCAGCAACCCGAAUGGCCAGUGGCAUGGCCCUACCAAAGCUGGCACGGCAGCUAUUUGAAAGCUCUGUGGGUGCUGUGCUGCCAGGCCCCAUGUUGCACCGGGCACUAUCCUUCGAUCCUGAUAGUGGGCAGCUGAAGGUGCGGGACCGGAGCUUUCAACUGCGGCAAAACCUUUACCUGGUGGGCUUUGGUAAGGCUGUGCUGGGAAUGGCAGCUGCUGCUGAGGAGCUACUGGGCCAUCAUCUCGUACAGGGCGUGAUCAGCGUUCCCAGAGGGAUCCGUGCGACCUUGGAGCAUGCUGGCAAGCAGGAGAUGCUGUUGAAGCCACACAGCCGUAUCCAGGUAUUUGAGGGUGCAGAGCACAACCUGCCGGACCGUGAUGCACUACGGGCUGCACUAGCCAUCCAGCAGCUGGCCAGAGGUCUCACAGCUGAUGAUCUGCUGCUUGUGCUCAUCUCAGGUGGGGGCUCAGCUCUCCUGCCCGCUCCCAUCCCACCCAUCACACUGGAGGAGAAGCAGACACUUACCAAGUUGCUGGCAGCCCGAGGAGCCACUAUCCAGGAGCUGAACACCAUUCGGAAGGCCUUAUCCCAGCUGAAGGGUGGUGGACUGGCGCAGGUCGCCUACCCUGCCCAGGUGGUGAGCCUGAUUCUGUCAGACGUGGUGGGGGACCCUCUGGAGUUCAUCGCCAGUGGACCCACUGUGGCCAGUGUCCACAGCGUGCAAGAUUCCCUGCACAUCCUCAAUCGCUACAACCUUCGUGCUGACUUGCCGCGUUCUGUGAAGACUGUGCUGGCUCAGGCCGACUCUGACCCCCAUGGGCCACACACCUGCGGGCAUGUCCUCAAUGUGAUUAUUGGCUCAAACGCAAUGGCACUGGCUGAGACCCAGCAGCAGGCUGAAGCGCUGGGAUACCGAGCUGUGGUGCUGACCGCAGCCAUGCAGGGCGAUGUGAAAAGGGUGGCCCAGUUCUACGGGCUGUUAGCCAGAGUGGCUGGAGCUUGCCUCUCCCAUACUGGGACUGAAACCCUUGUGGAGGAGGACACGCAGCUCCAUGAGCUCGCGACUGAGCUUCAGCUCCCGGACUUGCAGCUGAAGGACUCUCUGAAGGCUGUGGCAGAGGCCAAGGGGCCCAUCUGCCUGCUGGCUGGUGGAGAGCCCACCGUGCAGUUGCAGGUUGGGCAGGGGGGCCGGAACCAGGAACUGGCCCUGCGUGUUGGAGUGGAGCUGGGACGCUGGCCUCUGGGGCCUAUUAAUGUGCUGUUUUUGAGCGGUGGCACUGAUGGGCAGGAUGGGCCCACAGAGGCAGCUGGGGCUUGGGUCACUGCUGAGCUUGCCAGCCAGGCUGCUGCAGAGGACCUGGAUGUGGCCACCUUCCUAGCCCACAAUGACUCACAUACCUUCUUCUGCCGCUUCCAGGGUGGGUCACACCUGCUACGCACAGGGAUGACCGGCACCAAUGUCAUGGACACCCACCUCCUGUUCCUGUGGCCACGGUGAUAGCAUAGGUCAUAUUUUGGGAGUCCAGAGGAGGCCUACAAGGGCGAGGUCCGGGGGUGACAAGGUUGGUCCCUAGGGCUGUACUAGGCCUUAGCACCUCUCCCCUCCUUGGCCUUGGCUGCUUGGUUGGCUCUCCCACCUCCCACCCAGGGCCUCCGCUUUAUAGCCAUCCUCACUCAACCAGAUUGGCAGAUUGGGGUGCUCUUCCACCCCUGCUUUCUGCCAUAGCAGCAGGUACCCCUGAGGAGCAGGGCAAGCCCCUUUACCAGUUUGCUGUUCUCGGGUUUUUUCCCUGGGGCAGCUCUUCUGCUGAGCUCCCAAGCCUGUAUUUUUCUGUGGGGUGAUGCACAGAUUGAAAAUAAAAUGGACCACACUAUGGUUCUCCAUGCAUCUUCCCUCAGAGCAAACACUUGAGGGAAACCAUUGGGGCGAGAAGUGGGGUCAGAUGACAGCUUCAGUGCCUGGAUUUCUCACGCCUUCUCUGCAGGCCAUACCUAGCACUUGCUUUAUGUUGAGCCUAGUUCCUGUCAUGCUCAUCGUGGGUGAGCAGAAACCCCAGGCCACUAUCCAACCAUGAGCCUCCCCUGUCGCAUCCGUGCCACAGUCUCUCCAGCAUCUGCUGUAUGCCUUGCUGGGUGGAUAUUUACUACCAGCCACCAGGGACACCCGGCCCUUUUGUCCUAGGACAGCCCUUAACCACGGCCUGCUCUUUCUUUGGUUGAGCCUCCCUCUGUUUAUCCAGGGGCUACUCUGACCACACAGGAAGCUGUCCUUGUUUCCUUGUGCCGGUCCUAUUUCUCAGGAUGAACAUCCUCAGUUCCUUCAGCCAUUUCUCUGGGGACUCAGUUCAGUUCUCCAGUCUUGCAGGGGGGAUCUAGUAGCUUCCUCAGUCCCCAUUUCAGUUGGUGGGGAAGAGAACAACGGGAGGAGGGCAACAGGGGAGUGGCUCCCUUGGCCAGGUUAGCAGCCUGUGCUAGGAGAGGAAAGGGCCGUGCUGUCUUGGCUCGCCUUGGCUCCCUUGCCCAGUAUCCAAGCCCUCUGCUGGCCACCCUCGCCGUGCGCCACGGCUCCAAUCCCUAUAUGAGUGAGCAGUAGAAUCACAUAGGAAUAAAAAGCCAUAGAGAACAGCGAGGCCUGGGGCUGCUCCUGCUGGUCUCCCCUUCCACCCUAACUGGCCCCUCCUCUCAGGGUGGGAAGGGACUCUGGGCCAGCACUUGCAUGUCCUCCCUCUGGCAAGAGCCUUCCCUCCCUACUUGGGCUUUAGACAUCCCAGCUUGAGAUGGUUCAUGAUCUGGGGAGGGAUGUCACUCACAGGUCAGCCUGGGGCUUGGGAGAGAGUUGAGCAAGGCCAACCAGCUUCUGGGGGCCAGAGAGUUUAGGGAAAGGGGGAGUUUUUACUACUCUGUGAUGCAGUGACACCACUUCUCUUCUGUCCUGGCCUGGAAUUUCCACUGCCCAGGGUCAUAGUGUUGGGAUAUUAGCCCAUGUGGUAGUGCCUGUGCCCUCGUCUUCCUCUGCAACUUCUAGUUACGCUGAGCCUGCCUCCAUCUUCACCCUUGGGAACAUGAGUGUCAGCACCUGGGGUCAAGUUCCAGACAAGAGCAGGAUGGGAGGGCUGUGGUUGGGGCAGGGACCUAUCUGCCAUGUCACGUGCGUGUGUGUGUGUGGAGGGGGGCGGGCAUGCACACAGAUACAACAUGGGAUGUGUACUUGGCUGCUUAUAUACCUGGUGAGGAGUUUGAGUGUGGGUGGGGUCUUGGUGGAGGCUCCCCCCUAUGUUACCCUGGCCCUGCCCUCACCUCUAUUUGUGGGGGCCAGGAGCCCACGGACAGGAUUGGGUCUAACCCAUUAGAUUUGCUCACUUGAUACCCACUGGGUUAGAAAGGAUAUAUUUGGCUACACCCUCGGUGAAAAUAUAAAUCCUACAUAGUAUGUGCUCAGUAGGACUUAGUGGCUCCAUAAAUGUCAAUUAUGGGUUGUAAUGAUUGCUCCCAUCCUUGGCUUUUGGCUUGGGUCUCUCCUGGCUCAGAUCCCUGUGGCCCUUGCUCACCUCAUCUCCACUCCUUGAGAUUGUCCUGGCCCAGCUCGAGGCUUUUGCCAUGGAGCUUGUCUGCCCCCCCAGCCCCCUAACUGUCCAUUCUCACAGAUCCCUCCACUCUCUGCACUUGGCAUGCGCUGAGAGCAGCUGGGCAGUGGGCCCUGCAUAGCCCUUAGGUGUCAGUUAAUCCAAAUCCCUUUGUUUUAUAGCCGGGACACCACUAUCAAGAGAAGAAAGGUAGUUUGUCUGGGGUACACAGCAAGGCUGCUGCAGACCAGGGUGAGAAUCUGGUUGGGAUGUGCUUGACCACCCUCUGCCCUCUCUCUGGAGAGGCUCUGGGGCCCGCUGCUCCCUGCCUGCUGUUGCUCAGGGGCUUGGAUUGGCGACAUGAACACAUGUGGCCUCUCUCGAGGCCCAUAAAGCAGAUCUGUCAGUACCUUCUUGGGUCAGGUUUCACAGCUCCCUUAGGCGUGUGACUUGGCAGAAGACCACCUGCAAUUGGGUGGCGAAUUUCUACCCAACAGUGUGUGUCUGUGUCUCUGCACAUCUGCAUGUGUGUGCCUGGGUACACGUGUGGGCAUGUGUGUUCUGCUCAGCCCAUGACUCAUCACUAAGUGGACCUCUGAGCCAUGCUCUGCUCUGUGCUAGAGUGAGUGAGUUAGGUAUGGUUGGAGUAUUGGGGAUAUGAUGAAGUGAAUUGGGCAAAGAGGCCAUAGAGGCCGACAGGCCAGCUGGCAAAGAAUUUUCUGAGCCUGGCCAAGGGGAUCCAAUCUCACCUUGACAGCGGGGACUAGUGUCAUGAGAAUUUAAGUGAGGGGUGAUGCCACGAGGCUGUUUGAAGACUGAUGCUGAGGCCUGCCUGCCUUACUGCAUGGGUGAGGGGUGGGGACAAGCAAGGAGGGGAAGGGGGUUGCAGGUGAGUGAGAGGUAUAUUAUUAUCAGGCUUGGGAACCCCCUCCUACCUCCCCUCUGCUCGCUCCCCCUGCAGCCUCAUACAGCCGUCUGCCAGCCCAGGUGAUCCUGAAGAUGCCUACUUUGAAAUCAAGGCUGGCAGCCCUGGCUCAAAGAGCCCUGGGAGUAACCUAGCCACUCUGUCCCUGGGAAUGUCAUUGGGCCUUGAGAAUUUGAGGGACAGAAAGAUGGGCAGCUGGUGGACAUUCUGGUGAGCACAGCUCCCGUCCUCAUGUAGGCUCUCACCAGGGUCGCAGUUAAAGGGCCUGGAAGGAGCAGAGAGUGGGAGUCAGGUCCUAAGUCCUUAACUUGCCUUGUCACUUUCCUAUCUUCAGGCCUCCCCACUGUCUAAUAGGGACACCAUCCUUGUCCUACUCCCCUCUCUGGGGAGGUGUGAGCUUCGAGGGCAUCUGGGUAGGAAAGCUCUGUGGAAGUGGAGGACUUGGGGCGGAAGGGGAAAAAGGAGUUGUUGGCUUCUGCUAUGGUGAAGUUCAGGGCAGAGGCCAGUAAGGCCUUCGUGUCCACUGAGGCUGAGAGAGUACUGCCCUCUGGCACUGGAUGGGCACUUGCAGGGGGUGGUAUUUGAGUCUUGAAUGACUGGCAGAGUUACAGAACUGAGGGGGUCAGCUGGAACAAGAAUUGACCCAGCCUGAGAGAGAGUCCCCAUCAAGUCUCAGAAAAAUGGACAGGGUAGCUUGCUUCCCUCUGGAUCUGGAUCACGUGUGAGAGAGAUGGGGUGGGCAAGAACCAGCUUGACCCCAGGUUGGGAAUCAUUACUUGAGAAGAUUUGGGGUGUGCUAGGGGUAGGGGGACACCAACACACCUUGAGUGGCGGGGAAGCCAGUGACUUAGGCUGCUUGUGAGUGAUAGGACCGUGGAGUGUAGUGAGCUGUGCCCAGGCCAGGAGAGGUGGCCUUUCUGAAUGUCUGAGAAUCGCCCCCUCCCUGAUGACCAUUGGGACCAGUCCUGAGACUAUGCUUUCCUACUUUCCCUGGCUCAGGCUUCCCUUGGAUAUGUAGAGACUGGAUGGGGCAAACUGGGGUGCACCUCCUAAACCUCUGCACUUGGUCCCCAUUAGCUUAUGCCCACAGCUCUGAUUCCACCUCUAACACUUUUCCAUCUGGGAAGGGUUGCUGAGCUGCUCAGACCAAGAGGCUGUGGUCAGGGAAGAGAGUGAGGCAGAGUUGGCCUCCAAAACAAGUGUCCCGUUGGCCUAGCCCUAGGAGAACAAAUGCCUUUAGAGGCUUUGCCUCAUGGGAUUGUUACCUACCAUGAUCUUGUCCGCUGCUGGCUCCCUGAGAAUUCAAGGAAACGAAGGCCCUGGCUUGGCCCUACUGUGGCCAGAUAGCCAGGGGCUGGUCCCCCAAGAUGUCCCCAUUGGGAAGAUCCCCUCUGGUCUCACACUCCUGGCCUUUGCUGCUCCCUCCUCUGGCAGCCAGCAGAGCGACCUUGCUCACUCUCUGGGGGAAGUGUGGGCAGUGCUCUUGUCUCUCCAGCUCUGUCAUUCCAUCCUCAGAUCCAGUAAGUAGGGGGUGGCAGGGCCCCUUCUAUCCACUCCCCCCCCCCACACACCUGCCCAGCUUCAAGGUCUCUGGCUCUCCUUGUACCCUGGGUCAUCUCCAAUAAUCACACUUGUAGCUGUAUUCAAGAGCCAGGAUUCUGUCUCCACCUGUUCUCCACCCCCC